GGCGCCGGCUGGGCCAGAGUUUGCGCAGCUACGGUGGGAGCCUGGCAGGUGACCAGCAGCGGUACAGCAGUGGCCUGGGAUUGGAGGCAGCUAUGGGAUCCUGCGCAAAAGAGCAGUACUGGAAUCCCUUGCUGCAUCGCUGCAUCUCCUGCAAGCUGAAUUGUGACCAUCAGAACCUGAGCACCUGUGUGGCCUUCUGCAAGUCUCUCAAGUGUCCCAAGGAGCCAGGCAAGUACUACUAUGACCAUCUCCUGAGAAGGUGUGUCAGCUGUGUCUCUACCUGUGGACAGCACCCUAAGCAAUGCACAUAUUUCUGUGAGAACAAGCUGAGAAGCCAAACAAACCUCCCCCCAGAGCUCAGGAGACAGCAGACAGGAGAGAUGGAUACCAAAGCAGAUAACUCAGGAAGGUACCAGGGAUCGGAGCAUGGAGUCUUGGAGGCAGGCACAGGGGCCCUGGGUCCCAAGGGGAGCGCUGAGCAGCUGGUCCUGGUCUACAGCACGCUGGGGCUCUGCCUCUGCGCGGUCCUCUGCUGCUUCCUCGUGGCCAUGGUUGCCUGCGUCCUCAAGAGGAACGGGGAGCCGCUCUCCAGCCAGCGCCCCGCGGGGCCUCGGAAGCCCACGCGCAGGUCCGCCCACGAUCCCGCCAUGGAGGCCGGUGGAGUCCCGGGCGCGAUGCCGGGGCCCGUGGAGACCUGCAGCUUGUGCUUCCCGGAGCGCGGGGCGCCCACCCAGGAGAGCGCGGGCACGCCCGGGACCCCAGGCCCGGAGGGCACCGGCAGGUCGGCGCCGGGUGUGGGCGCGGCCGCCCCGCCUUGCGUGCGCGCCCCCGACGGCGGCGGCGGCGGCGGCGGCGUGGCGGUGAUGAUGCACGCGCCUGCCCAGGCCGCGCGCCCGGGCGUGUGCUGGUGACAGCAUGGGCGGACCCAGAGCAGAGAGGCGUGAACGGGACCAGCCCCGGGAGCCUGGAAGAGAGCCGCCGCGAAGGACGCGGAGGAAGAUGGAGUUGGGGUCGUGGACAAG